AUGCGUUUUAAAUGGCGCCUGCCAGCGCUUCGUCACGACCCACGCAUCUACGGGAAGACUGGUCGAACAUUCUCAAACGCUGUGCAAUCGACUUCAUCCUUGCCUACCCGUACCUCUCCAACCGUGCCUCUCCUCGUCGAAAUUUGCAAAAGGGAACAUCAAAAUGAGAUGACUCUAUUGGACAAUGCGCUCGAUCGAGACUAUCGAAACAUCGAGCGCGAUCAUGAGCGCCUUACUCAGCAGCACAUUGGACUCAUAACCAAGAUCACGGAGAGCUGCCUGAACCCCGACAAGACAGCCCUUGUGCUUUAUGGAUCGACGAGUUUCGGCCUCUCAUCUGACCUAUCGGAUAUAGACUGUUCAAUAUUUAUUAAAAGUAAAGACGAGCGAUUGGGCUUCAACCAGGCGUGUCGUCAGAACCAGGAGCUUGCGCUAAUGCGUCGGCAUUCGAAAGAGAUUCUUGGGAAAACAGUAUCCUCAGUAGUCUCUCUACAUUACAUACAACAUCCGCUGCUUGUUGUCAAUUUCGACGAUGGCUCCAAGAUGGAUCUGACGCUCCUGAACGAAUCCUUUCAAAACAUCCGCAAUUCAAACUUGGUGCGGUAUUACCUGAAGGCGGAUCGGAGACUGGGCCAGAUGGCGAUUUACAUUCGUAGAUGGUUCGAGGAAUGUGGUUUGAAAAAUUCAAAGGCGGGAUUGUUCAACGGCUACCACAUCUUGCUUACCCUGAUCCACUUUUUGCAAAGUGAACAGGCAUUAACCCCGUGGCAAGUGCUCCCAGUCCUCUGUCAAACCCAUCCAUCCCUGGUAUCUGGGCAGCUUCCUAUCGAACAAGUAAUUGAGCAGAUGAAGAUCCCGGUCAAUUCGCUAAAACUAGAUUAUAAAUCUCACAAUACGAUGAGUGUCUCUGAACUGCUAGUGCGCUAUUUUGAAUUCUACUCACAAUUCAACUUCAAGCGGGAUCGUAUCUACAUUGAAAAAGGACAAGCACGCAGAUCCAGCCGCAAAUAUGCUGGCGAAGCUCCGCUUCAAUUGAUCGAUCCGUACUCUAACGAAACGGUUACACGAUCGAUUUAUCUCCCGAUGGCAUUUGGCGAUGCUGUCCGCUUUACAUGCGCGAAAAUGAAAAAUGGGCUACUGUUCAGCUCGUAUCCAACAUUCCCCGAAGCAAAACUCUUCGAAAAUGGGACGAAGUUUGCAAGAUGGCGCAUGCAGAUAAACACUCGGAAG